CACACCCACACAGAACAGAGACAGACUGACACACAGGGAAACAGUUCCACAGAGAGAGAGAGACAGACUGACACUCACGUAGAAAGGGAAACAGACCCAGAGAGAGACAGACAAAAAGGAACAGGCUAAGCCAGUCAAAUAGAGCGAGGGAGAGUCAGGCUGAUUGAAGAUAGUGUCAGGAGCAGGGGGCACAGUCUGAGUUGGGACUCAUAGUGGACACAGCCCAGUGAGAGCCACCUGUUACUCAGGAUCAGGGUCCACUCCGGUUACAGUCACUUACCCGCCUGCUGUGGACUACCAAAGGAAGAAAAACUUCAGCAAAACUUUGUGGAAAGUUUGAAAGCGUGUUUGUGCGGCUGGUUUUCUAUCAGGAGGGAGUCCGGGUGCUGUCCUGUGAUCGGCGAGUGGAGUCCAGCCCUGGGGAGAUGAGCUGCUCAGAUUCUGCCCUCUGAGUUGAGUAUCCGAGUGGGAGCCGAGCUGAGCCAUGCAUCUGGGGAUCGCACUGUUGUUCACUCUGUGCUACCUGUGGCCGGUCACUGAGGGUGACUGGAUCCCUUCUGAACACAGCAGAUUCCAGAGUCAUCUCCAGCAUCGAUCCCUAGAUGGUGAGGAUUCUGAGAAUCUUUAUGCGGUGUCUGUAACUGGUGACGGUCACUGGCGAUCUCUCCGUGUAACCCGCAGCCCAGUGGUGGAAGAUGCCAGACCUGCAGAGUGUAAGGUGAGGCCAGCAGUAAUCGAAAUUACACGCAGUAUGGUGGAUCCUACCAACGCCAACUUCUUUGUGUGGCCAACCUGUGUGGAGGUACAGCGAUGUUCAGGUUGCUGCAACACCAGAAACUACAAGUGCCAGGCAACCAAGGUACAAGAACGGCACGUGCAGGUCAUAAAAAAGGUAUACAAUUCCAAACGCCUUGUAACCAGGAAAGCAGUGGUGGUGUUGAUGGACCAUGUAGAGUGCAAGUGUGUGAAUGCAGCCCAGAACGCAGACUCCCAGGAGAGACAUGAGCCCUUGGUGUCUGCAGCUCCCAUCAUGCUCCGAUCUCGCCAUGGUCGCAAACGGAAGUAUCAGAAAUUCAAGUACUUCAAUGGAGGGAAGGGCAUCUCCCAAAGAUAGGACCAAGCGGCAAGAUUCAGGUCUUACACUCAGAGGCCCCAUGGAUUGUCCAGUCGAAGUCAAUCAGCAGAAGUGUUUCAUAUUCGACCAGCUGUUUUUGACCAUUGAAAGUGGAAUCUUCUGGAGCUAAAACUGUUAAUGGCCAAACGUAAGAACUUCAGGAACUGCGGAUUCAAGUAAAAGGACAAAGUGUGCACUAAAGACUAAAACUGAUUUUCAUGCAAACAUUUAAAAGUGAUGACCACUGGACUUGUACAGCAAAGACCGUAGCCAAUCAGCUCCAUGCCCUAUUUGAAUGGACAGAAUGUGGUUGAUGCUGCAUCGAAGCCUGGGCUGUUUGCACUGUACAUUUUGCUUUUUGAUAUAUUUUCUAUAUUUAAUGUCUGUUACUAAGUAUUGAUUGUAGUGAACAGAAUGAGGCAAAGUCAAACUGCUAUUGGCUGGCUCUGCCAGCUUCGGAGUAGCAUUUUAAAGGGGUACAUUGAUUUUUUGAGUCUGUCCACCAGGUGCUGAUUUUGGGUCCCCAGCGCCCACCUAUCCCCCAAUCUCCCAAUUCCCCAUCCACCUCCAGCCCAAGAUCCCAGUGUAUUGGUAACUGCACAGUGACUGAUUCCAGAAUUCACUCAGGGUUAGUACACACAGCUCCCUGAGAGAGGGACUCGGCAGCCUCUCCAGCUCCUUCAUGGAUUGGAACCCAGGUUUCCGCUUCUACUGGGGAUCAGUUCCGUUCAAUGAAUACUGUCACCUCCCAACCCCAUCUCCAAGCUGACUCCGCUUGAACUUUGCCUCCCGGUCUCAUGCUUUCAGGAACGUAAGGGUUAACUGGGCCAAGGGAGUCACCAAUCUGUAGCUGCCUCUGAACUGGCCUUGGGCAGAUUUUGCACAGUCCAUAGCCAGAAUGUGGCAGUGAAGACACUCUGGUGGGGAGCGCAGUGAGAUCCAGCCCCUCCCGCUCUCUCUAGGCCUGGCGCAUGCUUGAGGAGCUGACAGCAGCCUAGCUCCUGCUGCUUGUUUACAUUGCCCGAGGCUAGGGAUGGGUCUGCACUGGAUCAGAGCCAGAGCUUGUGAUCAGACUCCAGCCUUGGAUCUAACUGGAGCAGCACUCUUAUGGUCCUCGACCAAAUGAGGCAGAGGCGGGGGGCAAGGGAACAGGUAACAGGGGCAAUGGGCAGGGGGUUGAUUGAUGGGUGUCACUGAUCAAUGAUGGAGCUUGUGUGGUGAAGCUGUUUGCUGUUGGGAGUAUAAGGUGAGGGGCUGCUACCCAUCAGCUUACUUGCAGUAAAUAUUGGAAUGGAAUUAUUUUUCAGGUUAAAUAUUGUGACUAAUUAUUUAUAUAUUUAAAGUUGUAAAAAUUUCUACAAAGCAUAAUAAAUGGCUGUUUGUGA